UAACUCAACACUGAACAGUGAAGAGUACCUUGUACACAAUAUAAUGAAGGAAAGUCAUAACAGUGUGAUAACUUGUCAUGAUAAUACAAACAGCACAUACUUCUAUCUUAAUGUAACAUAUGUUCCAGAGAUUACGCUUUCUCGGGAUAGUUAUUUAGAAAUGGAAGGAAUAGAUUUAACUAUACCAAUAAACAUUUCAGCCAAUCCCCCAGUAGAGAGUGUUCACUGGUAUAUGAAUGGUGCUCCUAUUAAUGAUACAAAUGUGAUGACAUCAGAUGACAGUAUAAUGUUUCAAGACCUUGAUAGAAUGCAUGGUGGGAACUACAGUGUGCAAGGUCGUAAUAGUAAAGGAGAUGGAGAUAAUGCUACCUUCUUGUUAAUUGUGUAUUUUGACAUAGAGUUCUCAGCAAGUGUUAAUGAGAGUAACAUGACAACAGUAGAAUUGGAUGAAGGAGAGAUGUAUACAAUAAACUGCUCUCUGUCAUCAGUUGGUUCUCAUCCACCCAACACUACUGUACACAUACAACAAAGCAAUGGAAGUUUGAUAUAUGACAAAUUAGAGAUGAAUAUCACAGCAAGCAGAGACACCUAUUACCUCUGUGUAGCUGAUAAUGGGAUGAACACAGCUUAUUUCAACUAUAGCAUCACAGUGAUUUCUGCUACAACUCCAUCACCUUCGCCAACAUCAUCACCAAUGCCAAGUACUACACCAACAGGAGCAGGUUAUACUGUCACUGUUAGCUUUGGACUGCUCAUCAUUGCUAUUGUCCUAUCUUUCUUUGUCAACUGAAAAGAGACUAUAUAGCUCUUUCAUUACGUGUACUGUAGGAACCUUCUGUAUCAUUACUAUACUGUAGAGUGCACUGUUGUUGUUAUUGUAUUUGCAUGUAUGUAACUAUAAUAAUAAUAGAAAUAUUGUUGGUAGAUUAAAUUUAUUAUAAAAAAUAACAAUUCGCGACAAAUAUUAGGAAUAAACUAAAAA